AUGGUCAACUUCAUCUCUUUGAGUGAUUUGCAUAGUAAGAUUCCAUUCCCUGCAAUCCGUGUUAAGAUAAUCAAAAAAUGGAAUACGAAAAUUGGAAGAGAUCAUCACUCAGUGAUGCUCUUAGGAGAUGCGAAUGGAGUAACAAUACAAGGAAGCUUAAACUAUGCUUUAUCUCUACCUAGAGAGAUUGAGUUGAAAGAAGAUGACUGGGUUGAGAUUCUCAAUUUUGACAUAAGAUAUGUUUUUGAGUUGCAUAGAACGACAAAGCACAAAUACACAAUCAAGUUCAAUGAAUCGAGUUUGUUUAGGAAGAUACAACCAGUGAACGCUUCUAACUUUCUAUGCUGUGCAAACUUUCGUGGUAUAAAGAGGGGUCUUUAUCAUCCUAUGUACUGCGUCGAUCUUUGUGGAGCAUUAGUGCGUGUAGGAGAUCUUAUAGCUACUAAGCUAGCUCAACCUGCCAACAUUUAUAACUCAAUUAUGUACAUUCAUAUACAGUAUGUUGCUUAUGGAUCUCUAGCCCAUCGUUUAAAUGCAUUCUGGCGUGCUAAUAUUGCAGAUGUUGUUGUAACUUUUUUAAGGUUAUGGAAAAUUGAGUGGGGAGAAGGUGGUUUCAAUUAUGUUACAAACAUGGAAGGUGGUUCUGAUAUUUUGUUUGAUUCUGACAUCCCAGAGAUUCAGUUCUUCAAAUCUCAGUAA